AUGUAUCUAAAGGGUGGUCUUUGGUUACCGAAUGAUUUUAUGGCUGAUCCCUGGGCACGCGAACUUGGAUUUCAAACUUCACCAAGUGUACGAAUUCCUACUCAAGCAUGUGAUUGGACAUUAAGUAAUACUAUCAUCAAACGAUUUCCUCUUCUACCUGAAAGUGAAUGUGAACCAUUAAUUAGUGAUGCUGAUAGUUUUACACCGGAUGGUCGAUUAAUAAUGAAUCAAUCAGCUGAAAUUGAUAACUAUUUCGUUGCGUCCGGUUCUAAUAGACAUGGUACAGCGCUUGUCGGUGGUGUUGGAACAUAUAUAGCUGAAUUAAUACAUAAUGGAAAGACAAAUUUAAGUAUAUGGCCUGUUGAUAUACGAUGUUCUAUACGUUUACAUACAAUUAAACGAUUUCUUCAAGAUUGUUUACGAGAAAUAUCAGUUAAAAAAGAAUAUAAUGCAUGUCGAAAAGGUGUAGAUGUUAUUGAUAUGACAUCAUUUACAAAAUAUGAAUUAAAAUCAGCAAAUCGAAGUGUUGUGGAUUUUCUUCAAGUGCUUUGUGCACAUAAUAUUAGUAAGCCAAUUAGUACUGUUGCGCAUAUAGAAAUAUUACAUGAACAAGAUGGUUAUGAAAAUGAUUGUUCUAUUAUAUAUCUAGGAGAAUAUCAUUUUCUUUUGGUGACUCCAACUUCGCAAUCAACUCGCACUGUGAAAUGGCUUAAAACACAUGUACCAGAAGAAAAUUCUAUUUUUCUGCCUAAUGUAACUUCACCUUAUACAGCAUUGAAUGUAAUUGGAUCAAAAGCCAAAUAUUUACUAUCUGAAUUAAGUGAUAAAAAUUUUAAUGAUUUUGCAAGAAUGACUUGUCAAUUUGUUUUAUGUGUAUACGAUAUGUUAAUGAAACAAGGUAAAGUUUAUGGAAUAAUCAAUGCUGGAUACUUUACUCAACGAACUUUUCGAAUUGAACGUAUUUACCUAUCUUGGAGACAUGAUAUCGAUAAGAAAACAACACCAUUUCAUUUAAAUCGACAAUAUCAUAUAUUUGUUCAAUUUCUUCUUGAAAAUUAUAAUCUUGGUUCAGAUCCAUGGCCUUGGAGUGGUGAACCUAUUUAUCGUAAUGGUGAAUUUUGUGGAUUUGUUACUUCUGCAGCAUUUGACUUUACACUUGGAAAACAAGUCUGUUUAGGAUUUGUUCGUGCACCUUCUUCAGAAAAAAUCACCAUCAAUUAUAUUCGUGUAGCUACAUAUGAAAUUGAUAUAACAACUCAAUGA